GCCAUCACUCCCCAAUGCUCCCCCAUGAUGGCUCUGCUGGCCUGUGGAGCCCCACACCACCUUCAGCUGCCAGUGUUGAGGGGGAUGGUCUCCAAAACUACUCACAUUCACCAAUUUCACUUGGGGCUGCAUCCUUCCCUUCAGUGGGCCCUGAUCUCACACUGUGAGAAGACGAUGAUGACCCUGCUGUCUCCUCCUUCUCCACACAGACCUUUACAACUGUCCUCAAAACAAAGACAACUUCUUACUGCCUCUGUCCUCACACAGAAGUGCUCUGCUCCUACAGUCGAUCACUGCCCUGUCCGCAACUUCUCUGCUCUUCCCUUAUCCUUCUCCAGGCAGAGGAACUGGGAAGGUGUCCAAAUGGGAUGAUGCUCUGAGGGUUCCUGCCCUGGCAUAACACUGGUUCUUCUGGCUUUGCUGGACUAGUUCUCCCAGUAUGAUGCUCCUUUAGGACCAGUCCCCAUGCAAACUACCACUCAUUCCUACCCCUUGCUCCUGCACUGUGCUAGUUACCAACAUGGGAGGACCUUUUUCCUUAUCUGGCUUGCACCAAGACCUUGCAAUGAAGGAUGCAGCCACAUUUAUUUUUUUUAAAAUCCCACUUGCAAAGGGACUCACAGAGGCUGGUGGACACUGCCACCAGUUUGGAGGAGGAGUACCAGCACUCCCUGAUGCAUGUAAUCCUCUCCUGUAAUUCCUUGGAAUUAUGGAAGAGCAAAGACCUUCCCAGAGUUAAAGGAGAACAGGAAUUCAGCACACCAGCCCGAUGGCCUCAGGACCCCAUGAAAUGGUCCCUUGAUGUGCUAGUGCAGGAGCUGCUCUGAAUCCCUACUGCAAAGGGUAUUCUCCUCUCAGAGACACAAAACUGAAAGAGCGGGGCAUUUGACCUUCCCAGAGGUGAUCCCAUCUUUCUCUCCUCAGUCAGCUUUUUCUCUAGUGCAUUGAAGCUGCAAACUUCUAGAGAUGGAAGGAAACCAGAUAACCCUGGACAGCCUUGAGAAGGGCAUGGAUAACCCAGCUUUCAGCUUCCAGGGAGAGGAGAGACACUAUGAGGAAUGUGGUGGUCCAAGUGGUGAGAGCCAAGAGAAGAGGAGAGGAGAAGGGAAAGGGAGAUCCUCCUCCUGUUGCAGGAAGGCCCUGCAGCCAGUAUCCAAGGCAAAGCACUUCUGCAAGGCUCAUGCCAAGGUGUUGAAAAGGGUUGUCCUGGGGCUCCUUGGAGCAGCCUACCUGUGCUACUUCAUUGCGGCCUGUUACCUCAACUUCCAGCGAGCCCUUGCCUUGGUGGUCAUUACGGCUGUGGUUGUCUUCUUCGUCUGCUGGAGCUUCUUCAAGAAGCACUGUGGGGCAAAGGUACUGCAUCUCCUCCGUCCCGUUGGGAAAUGCUUCCAAAAGUCCUGGCCGUGGCUGAAAUGGCUGCUGUGGGUGGCCAUCCUGGCAGGCCUGAUCGCGUGGCUGGUUUUGGACACUGCCAAAAACCCAGAGCAGCUCAUCUCAUUAGGUGGCUUCUGCACUUUAGUGCUGUUCCUGUUUGCUUGCUCCAAGCACCACGGCGCGGUGUCCUGGAGAGCCGUUUUCUGGGGUCUUGGCUUGGAGUUCUUAUUUGGAGUCUUCGUCCUCCGAACAACCCCUGGUGUCCAAGCUUUCAAGUGGCUGGGUGACCAGAUCCAGAUCUUCCUGGGCUACACCACAGCUGGCUCUGGCUUCGUCUUUGGGAACACACUCAUUACAGAAGUCUUUGCCUUCCAGACCCUGCCCAUCGUUGUUUUCUUCAGCUGUGUGAUGUCCAUCCUCUACUACCUUGGCGUCAUGCAGUGGCUCAUUCUCAAGAUCUCCUGGUUGCUUCAGGUCUCGAUGGGCACCACUCCCACUGAGACCCUGAGUGUAGCAGGGAACAUUUUCGUGGGACAGACUGAGGCCCCGCUGCUCAUCCGCCCGUAUCUUGCGGACAUGACCCUCUCAGAAGUCCAUGCUGUGAUGACUGGUGGCUUUGCCACCAUCGCAGGCAGUGUGAUGGGUGCCUACAUAUCCUUUGGGAUCGACGCGGCGUCGCUGAUCGCAGCCUCUGUGAUGGCUGCACCCUGCGCCCUCGCCAUGUCCAAACUCGUGUACCCCGAAGUGGAGGAGUCCAAGUUCAAGGGCAAAGAAAGUGUCCAAAUCGCCAUUGGGGAAGAGCGGAACAUCCUGGAAGCUGCCAGCAAUGGGGCUGCCACCUCUGUGGGGCUCGUGGCCAACAUUGCAGCCAACCUCAUCGCCUUCUUGGCGGUGCUGGAGUUCAUCAACGCUGCCGUGCACUGGUUUGGGGAGAUGGUAGACAUCAAGGAUCUCACCUUCCAGGUGAUCUUAUCCUAUGUCCUUAUGCCCGUGGCCUUUCUCAUGGGGGCAGACUGGGCAGACUCGCCGGUGGUGGCCGAGCUCCUGGGGAUUAAGAUCUUCCUGAACGAGUUUGUGGCAUACCAGCAGCUGUCCACAUACAAGAAGAACCGUCUGGCGGGCCUGGAGGAGUGGGAUGGGAGCCGGAAACAGUGGAUAUCUGAGCGAGCUGAGAGCAUCACCACCUUUGCCCUCUGUGGAUUUGCCAACUUCAGCUCCAUUGGGAUCAUACUGGGAAGCCUGGGCUCCCUGGCACCUCACCGCAAGGGUGAGUUUGCCACCGUGGUGCUGCGGGCCCUGCUCACCGGCAUCUGCGUCUCCAUGCUCAACGCCUGCCUGGCAGGUCUCCUCUAUGUGCCAACGGAGGUGGGUGACUGUGUGACGUUCUUCAGCACGGCCGACUUCAACAGUACCAGCUACAGCAUAUACACCUGCUGCAAGCAGCUCUUUGCCAGCUCGCUGUUCGAGAACGGGACACUCUCCUUCACAGGAUCCUGGGCUGGGCAGGCGGAGAGUGUGCUGUGGCUGACAGAGUGCUGUGGGCACUACAACCACACAUCCUGUGCAGGGACAACCUAGAACCAUGGGAGGGGCACCAGGGUCUGCAAGGCUGGCCCCAAAGGUAGCAAAAACCCUGACAGACACAUGAGCGUUUUGUCUUCUCCACUCCAAAGUGCUGAUGGACAGUUGUGUGCACCUUGCAACCAGCACCCUUAGGUGCUGGCCCCAUGGACACAAGGAAUCUGCUCUCAAAUAAAUUAUGGCCAUCCCUA